AUGGCCGUAAACGCAUCCGUCGCGUUCGAUCUCCCGCCUCUACCAAGCUACACCUUGAGCGUGCGGGAGCCUCUGUUCCCUCCUAUCCCCGACAACGUUGUUUCGCUCCUGUUGCCGAUCAUCGCCUACUGGGCCCUAUCUAUGGUAUACCACUAUUUGGAUGUCAACGAGUAUUUUGUCCAGUAUCGUCUGCACACGCCCGCGGAGGUAUUGAAGCGAAACCGGGUAACCCGGUGGGAGGUUGUGCGCGAUGUCAUUCUUCAACAGGUGGUUCAAACCGUGGCCGGAAUGGGUAUGGCAUACUUCGACCCCGAAGAAAUGCGACUGCGCAUCCUCCAAAAGGCUGUUCCGCCACUUCUGGCUCUUGUCGGGCUAGAUGCAACGGGGUUGGCUAAGUCGGCCUCACAGAGCGGCCACGCGAUGCUGGCGGGCGCUUUGGCAGGUGGUUCAUACCCGGAUGUGACGCAGUCACUCAUUCUUGAAACCGGCGCGGAGGUUGUGGCGCCCGCUUUUGCAAGCUGGGAGCUUGCGGUAGCUGGCUUCAUCUACUGGUACUUUAUCCCGGCUCUGCAAUUUAUGCUGGCAGUGUCUAUUGUGGAUACCUGGCAGUACUUCUUGCACCGUGCCAUGCAUCUGAACCGGUGGCUUUAUGUGACCUUUCAUUCCCGCCACCACCGUCUCUACGUUCCUUAUGCCUUUGGCGCUCUGUACAACCACCCCGUGGAAGGGUUUCUGCUCGACACGGCCGGCACAGGCGUUGGGUUCCUUGUUUCGGGCAUGACUAACCGCCAAGCAAUGUGGUUUUUCACCUUCUCGACCAUCAAAACCGUCGAUGACCACUGUGGCUAUGCCUUCCCCUGGGAUCCUUUGCAGCACUUCACUUCCAACAACGCCGCCUAUCACGAUAUUCAUCACCAAAGCUGGGGCAUCAAGACCAAUUUCUCCCAGCCGUUCUUCAUUUUCUGGGAUCGUCUGCUUGGCACCCAGUGGAAGGGUGAUGUGAAGCUGCGCUACGAACGAACCCGGGAAACGGCCCAGAAGCAAGUGGACAUAGACGCGACUAAGGCCGCAAAGACUACUCCAGCGGUGAACGUCAGCGAAGAGCGGGAGCAAGAGCGAGUGAUUGUCUCGCCCGAGGGGCCGGCGACUCGCACUCGUCUGCGCCGCAAGACUGUGACCCAUGUCGAAAACCUCAAGGGUCCGAGUCACGGUGUACCAGGCAGCGUCCUCCACAACUGA